AUGAAGAUGAAUCGUGAUGAAAUGGCGAAGCAUGUUGAAAAGCAAGUGAGGUUAAGUCGUAAUGAAAUGACGUUUCUUACAACAGAAACGACUGAAAGAUGUAAUUUUCUUACGGGAAAAGUAAAGAUUUUUGUUUGCGGAGGUUAUGAUGGCAAGAAUUAUUUCAAUUCAGUGGAGUCUUUCAACUGGGAUUUAAAUUGUUGGCAGCAGGAAACACAAAUGACAGAAAAACGAUUUUUAGCAGCUGCAUAUGUUCAUGGUCGAGAAAUAUUUGUCUGUGGUGGUUGGAAUGGGAAACAACAGUUAGGAAAUAUUGAAAGUUUAAAUGUGGAUGGAAAAUUGCAAUGGAAAAUAUCACCUGUCAUGUUACCAAGAAAGUGUAAUGGACAUAGUAUGAUUUAUCAUAAUGAUUAUGUGAUUAUGAUUGGUGGAUAUAAUAGUAACGAAACCUUUGAUACAAUCAACAGUAUUCAACUAAAUCCUCCACUUACGACAAAAUUGUUGGCGCGAAUACCAAAGCCAAGACGUUACCAUGGCUCAAUUCUAAUUGGCGACGAUGUUUUGGUAUUUGGUGGGGAAACAUCUGAACAAUUGAAAGAUAUCAAAAACACUGUUUAUUCAUACAGUCUCAGUAAAAAAGAAUGUAAAACCUUGGCUCCACUUCCAUAUCCUGUAAGUGCCAUGGGUAUAGUCAGUUAUAAAGGUAAUGCAAUCUUGAUUGGAGGUUUAAAUGAUAAAGGUAAAAUAUUAGAUAAAGUUUUGAUGUAUGAUGUGAAAACAGGACAAACUAAAAUGCUUCCUUCACUUAAUCAUGAAAGAUGUUCAUGUUCAGCAGUUAUCAUUGGAAAUAUUAUUGUUGUGGUGGGAGGAUAUAAUGGUGAAUCGUAUCUUGAUUCAGUUGAAUGUCUUGAUAUGAGUAUAAACGUUUGGAGAGAACUACCUUCUAUGAUGACCAAAAGAAAUUUUCCUGCCGCAGUUGUUUCACCAAUAUAUUAAAAAUUUCAUUAUUAAAACAUACAUGUUUUAUGUUUUACUAAAAUAAUUUUUGGCAGUCGUAAAAUGAAACAAUCAUUUUAGAAACGUAAGUCUGUAGUUUAAAAUACAACGUUUUUACUCGAAUAGGGCGCCUACCUCUUUUAUCGUAGCCAUUUUAAGAACAUUCAAUUUUCAUUGAUAAACUGUUAACAUGUACGUAACUUAUAUUGCAAUAUAUACAAUUACCUUAAAGUUUCUAAAAACAUAUUAUGCAACAGCAUGUUAAUUAUUCUUAAUAACUGUCACACAAGUGCACAUAUAUAGCUAUCUAGGUCAUGAUCGCACCCAACGUUAAAAACGUAACACUUAAUUUCUUUGAAUACCAGUUCUCGGUAAUGAUUAAAAAACAUUUUAUGCACAGUUAUGGAAAACUGUAUUAUUAAUAAAAUAUACAUUGAAUGUACAAAACAUUGCAAUCUGAAUAUGAUUUGAUUACAACUUAAGUCAAAACAACAUUUCUUUCAUGUAGCCCAAAGUUUUUUUAUUUUGAGCGAGAAUGAAUGUUUAUUAGAAACCCGCUCAAUAACAGAGUAAGAAAGAAGUUCAUAUAAUCAUCAUUGCACUAAUGAAUGCCUAACUUAGGUACACUAUAAAUGGCAGCGAAGAGAUUUAGUUACCGAAAGAAACCCUUGUACAACCUUAUCUAUUAUUUCUAAAAGAUCUAUUUACCAAGAGAAACCCGUUCAUAACCUUCAUCCCUAAACGAUCCAUCACUAACUUAUCUUUCAUUUCCAAAAUAAUACAAACGUUGACAUGGUAUUCAUAAAACUGUGUCACGCAUUGAAGGAAGAACAUGACUUGACUGCAACAGGUACAAAGAACUUUAACGAUGUAACACUUACUAAGAAAAAGCGUUCGUAUUCCAGACUAUGUAAGAUCAGCAGCUGUUGCAAAUGAACAGAAAAUGAUUUGGUUGAUUCGUUUGGUCGAUUUCUUAUCAUGGACCCUGAUUUCGUAUUUAAGUAUCAAGCGUAGUUCUUAGAAAUUUCUGUAAAUGUCUCGUCUCAUUUAUAUUGUAACUCCUAUACUGUUGGAUUUGAUAGUACCAAAAAACACGACAAUAAGGACAUAAUACGAUAUUUAAGCAUAAAAAAUUAGGAAAAAUAAGACAAGGUAAAAAACAAGGACACGUGCUAAAGCGUAAUCUAUCGUUGAACCUUCGUGGUAUUUAAAUUUCAAAAUAAAUUAAGAAUGGUGCGAACUCAAUUCUAUCGUACAAAAUAAGUCAAAUGAAAGAACUUUAUCUUUAACAAGAUGCAAUGUAAAUGUAAAAUGAAGACUUUUAUACUAAAAUGUAGAUAAAGCUAAAACAAGAUUAUUGAAGAAAAAAGACAGGUUCUUUUUAAAACAAUCCUACUUAGAAGUUCAAUAUUAUUCUCAAAUAUUUUGUGUACUGUUUGCUGGAGUUGAUUCCGAUUUCAUUUAAAAUAAAAUCGUCAUUUGAUUCUUUUUUGUAGUUUGUCGAUAUAUAAGUAUAAAUUGAUGUACAUAAUGAAUAUAUUCUUUUGUUUA